AUGACAUCCGCUCGGCAGCCACAUCCACAUCCACAGCCUCGUCAGCUUUACAGCUACGUGGCUCAGCCUUCGCUCUAUUCUGACCACUACCCGGACCAUGAAAAUACGCCUGGAGGUUUAAUUUCAAUUGCUUUAACGCGCUCUAGUCACCGCAGUUUACACACUAAUAACGACGCUGUGAAGGGUGUCGUAUUAGUACAGACGAAGACGAAAGCCCAGCGAGUCUCCAUCAAAUUCAUCGGUCGCACAACAUGUCGCGUUCUGAACGAGAGAAGCCCUGGUAGCCAUCACGUUGCGACAGCCGAUUUAUUUCGUCACGAAAGAACUCUUUCUCCUCGAGCUACACCCAGUGCGAAUUGCCCGCCGGGACGCGUAGAAUACCCCUUCGACUUCCGAUUCCCAGAAGCUGUUGAGCUAGAUCCAGGCUUACAAAAUGAUGUGCCUUUCAAGCCAGAUGAUUCGUUCGAGCACGAAAAAGGGCAUCAGCUGCCUCCAUCCUUAUGGUGGAACGAAUUUACUGUCCGUAACGAAUAUUUUCUCGAAGCAGAUUUUGUCACUGCUCAACGAUCUUUCACGUUGAACCCUGUCGUAAUUCUUCAACUUCGCUUCACUCCCUCGGAGCCAGAAUUAAGCAUCUCGGCUCCAGCUGCAUUACUGCCUGUCCCACCAAUUCGAUUCGAACGUCGAUCUCGACCUCCCACGCCAGAGCCUGGUCAAGAGCGACAAGGACCUCUGAUGAGGCUUAAGAACAGUCUAAAGAGCGAGAAGAACGAAGAAGCUUCAUCGACAUCAUUACUUGUCCUCAGUGCGCCACCGCGUUAUCGUGUAGGCGCUACCACAGCGCUCAGAAUCUCGCUCCAAGCCACGCUGAGCGAUGGCCUCACACAGCCAGCACCUGUGUAUCUCCGUGGUAUCCGUGCCCAGGUCUUUCUACAUAUCAAAUAUCGCAUCCCUCUAUCGUCUGCACCAAACCAAGAGAUACGAAAAGCUAAUACAGAGAAGUUCGAUCUCUUCAACCGACGGUACAGCAAACCAGGCCUAGAGAUCACUGAAAGCACAGUUGUCGAAGAUUUUGUCAUCAACAACAUUGUACCACCGACGUUCAAGACAUAUGGGCUAGCUACACGGUACGAAGUACGUUAUGAUUUAUUGCUCGAAUGUGCUGGGAAGGAAUCGGAGCAUGAGGUUGAAGUAAAGGAUGUUAUAAUUGAACCAAUGACUCGGGAGGGUGGGCAUCUCGGUCCGCCAGUCGACCCUCCACCACGAGGUUCGAUUGACAGCACAAUUCCUACAAUGUAUGGACACUUGCGACCCAGAACUGUUACCGUCUGGAGGCCGGAGUCGCCGCCGCCAUCGUAUACACAAUAAAACAAAAAGGGAGAUGCCGUAUAAACGAUCUAGCCUGCGCCAGUAGCAACAGUACCGUACAGCAUUGCAAUAACACAUGAUGAUCUCUGGA